AUGGCUGUCACCCUCGUCGUCAUCAUCAAGCUCUCCCGUACCCCGCCAUUCGAGCUCCGACGUGGCUGCACAAAGCACCCGUCGCUGCUCCCGGAGGUGUCCGAAGCCGCAAUGGUCAUGACGCUCCCGGCAUCGCCAGCAUCCAGUCUGCGCGGACACUCGCGGUCCGACUCGUCCUCGCCUUACCGCGGACAGCACAAAGCCGACCCCCCCACCAUGGCCGACAAGAACCGGCUGCUCUCGCAGAAGCAAGUGCCGUCGUGGUACAGCGAGCCCUUCAUCCACGGCGGCUACCGGCCCAUCACCGAAUCGGCGGCCUUCUGCCUGCGCAGCCUGACGUACCUGCACAACGAGACGGUCAACAUCUUCUCGCACCUCGUGCCGGCCGCUGUGGCCCUGGCCCUGGCCAGCCUGGUGCCGUGGUACUUUGGAGCCCAGUUCCCGCGCGCCGCCGCCGCCGACCGUCUUGUUUUCCAGCUGUAUCUGCUCGGCUCCGUGUGCUGCUUCGCCGCCUCGGCCCUCUUCCACACCCUCCUCUGCCACUCGGAGCGCUACCGCGACCUCUGGGUGCGCGUGGAUUAUGCGGCUAUCCUCGCCCAGACUCUCGGGUGCUUUGUCUCGGGGAUUUACUUCAGUUUCUAUUGCGAGCCGCAUCUGCAGCGCCUGUACUGGGCCAUGAUCGGGACGUUGACGUCGAUGUCGGCCUUCGUCGUCCUGAACCCUCGGUUCCAGAGCAGGGAGUGGCGCCCGCUGCGCGUCGGCAGCUUCGUGGCCACGGGCCUGUCGGCGUUCGCGCCCAUCACCCACGCCGCCGUCAUCUUCCCCUACGCCCAGCUCGACCAGCAGGCCGGCCUGCGCUACUACUACCUCGAGGGCGUGCUGCUGCUCAUCGGCACAUUCCACUACAUGUCCCACCUGCCCGAGGCGUGGCGGCCGGGCGCGUUCGACAUCUGGGGGUCGUCGCACCAGGUGUUCCACGUGCUGGUCGUGCUGUCGGCCCUGGCCCACCUGUGCGGCAUUCUGUCGGCGUUUCGCUGGAACUAUGAGAACCCGCGAUGCCCGAGCCCGCAUGUUGUCUGGGGGCUGGGGGGUUUUUGA